UGAACCAAAAUAAUGCUUAACGCUGAAAAUCAAUUAUUCAACUGUUAAUUUGACAAUCGUAAUAGUGAAUAUGAAUACAUCAGGUCAAUUAGACGCAUCGCAGAUGGUGGGAAGAAUUAAAUCGGUGUACUGUAAGGACUUUGUGUCGUACAAUGAAAUUACAUUUUAUCCGAGAGAAUACUUGAAUGUAUUGACUGGACCGAAUGGAACCGGAAAGUCAACAAUUGUAUCUGCAAUUAUUUUGGGCUUGGGCGGCGAGCCGCAAUUAUUGGAUCGCUCCUCAAGCAUUUCAGAUUACAUCAAAAGCAACAAAGCGUCCGCAAUUAUUGUUGUAACAAUUUAUGGAAAAGAGAAAAAUAGCAUCGAGACUUUUAAGCGCACAAUAAACAAUAAUGGAGAAUCCCGUUAUUAUGUAAAUGAUAAGGAUCUGACAAAAUCAAAAUAUUUAGCGACAAUUGCCAGUUAUAAAAUACAGGUUAACAAUUUAUGCCAGUUUUUACCGCAGGACCGUGUUCAGGACUUUUCAAAAAUGAAUGCCCAGCAGUUAUUAGUCAAUACAAUGUCGUCAGUAUGCGAUAAUCAGUUAAUGAAAAGUUUUAAUGAUCUAAAAGAGAUGCGAACUAAGCAUUUAAAAGCACACUCUGACAGAGAUAAGGAAAAGGAUGCUUUCCAGAAAGAGCAAAAACGUUUAGACCAGUUACAGGUUUCUCUAGGCCAAUACCAAGAGCGUCAAGCUAUACAAGAGAAAUUGAAGAUUUACCAUGCGAAAAAGCUUUGGACUGAGGUCGGGACAAUUAAAACCAAGGCAGAUGAAAUGAAAAGUCGAUUGACUUCUGUCAAAGUCGACUGUGUAGUGAGGAAAACCAAAUAUGAUAAUGAAAAGCGCAAUCAGGAUGAAUAUUUACGUAUGAGCACUACCUUAAGGAAAAACACGCUAGAAAACAUUCGGGAAAUAAACACAGCCUCAGAUACCAAAAAGAAGUUAGCUUUCGAAUUGGAAAGUGUAAAGCAAAAAAUUAAUGUCAGCAAAUAUGAAAUGGAGACAACUGUUCAAGAAGCGAAGAAAGGAAUUGGUGAAGUGGAGAAUGUUUUGCAGUUGGUGGAAGCAAAAGAGAACGAGUUAAGAGAGUUUAACAAACUAAAACCAGAGCUCUUGAUUGAACUAGAAGUGAAAAGAAAAAGCAUAUACGAUGUUAAGAACUCGGCAAUGAGCUUGUUUAACAAACGCAAAGAAAUAGAAUCAAAAAUAAAUGAUGAACAAAUUCCAGAAAUUACAGCCCUGAAUCAUAAGAUAGAAAGACUGCAAAAUAUAAAAACGCAAAAGCUGGAGGAACUGAGACAGCGAAAUCCCAAUUUAGUCAAAGCUAUGAACUGGGUAGCCCAAAAUAAACAUAAUUAUAAGCAGAAAAUUUAUGAUCCUAUGCUUUUUGAACUCUCUAUGAAAAGUGAGGAGAGUGCGAUGUAUUUAGAGAAUGUUAUUAGACAAAGUGAUCUGCACGCCUUCGCUUGUGAGGAUAAAGAGGAUAUGUCUGAUCUCAUCAACGAACUGUCUGUAAAGCAAAAGCUUUGCGUGAAUAUAAUUUACUGCGAGCCAACGGAUAGAUGCACAUUUCGACCAAUUGUGCCCAUUGCUGAUAUUGCCCAUAUGGGAUUCAAGUCGUACCUUCUUGAUUUGGUGUCUGGACCAAUGACAUUAAUAAAUAAACUAUGUGGAACAUACCAUAUUCAUAAUAUUCCAAUCGGAGGUGAUGAGGUCAGCAAUUUCACUUCACAAAUUCCAAAAUCGAUUCGAUUAUAUUUUGGAGGAACGAAAAAAUUUAGCUCUGCGGCAUCUCGUUAUCGUUCGGAUCUAUUAUUAACAGAGAGCACGAUCCACGGAAAGAAUCAGCUAAUUUGUCAACAUCCUAAACAGCUGAUGAUGCUUAGAGAAAGGCAUGCAAAGUCAGUAAACGAAAAGGAUCAGCUGAAAAACAAUUUAGGAAGGAUUGAUAGCGAAUUUGAGCGCUUACAAAUCAUUCUGCGAGAUGAAGGAGAUAAGAAGAAAAAAGUUGAACAGAAACUUGGAUAUUAUGACAAUAUUCAAAAAGAUGUUAAGAAACUUAUGGAGAAAGCAAAUAAUCUCAAAAACUCAUUUGUUUCAAUUGAAACCAUAAAAGAUAAGUUUAAGGCUACUGUUCUAUUGGAUAUAAAGAAUAUUUUGAAAAUAGAGUCGGACUUGAUUAAAAUACUGGAGGCUACGGAUAUAUUGAUUUCAGAUAAGAAAAACAAUCAAGCUAUUGAAAUGGUUCAUCAACAGCAGCACAGUGAACAGAUAGAUAUGUUGAAAGAGAGCGAAGAAGCCUAUAAAGAAGCUCAGAUAUCAAUCAAUAGAUUAGAGAGUCAGUUACAAAAUCAACUACAGGCUAUUAAAUCAAAGGCGCAGGAAGUGAAAAAGCUCUGUAAUGGCGAACUGCCUAUGAGUAAUAAUUUCCCUUUCAAAGCGGAGUUUGAAGAAUUGGUAAACACAUCUAUCGAACAAAUCAAUGAUGCAAUUGUUGAGUUUCAAGCUCGAUUGGAGUGCAUGAAGAAUGUGAACCCGGAGGCACUUAAUGAAUAUCGACAAACUGAAGCCAUAGUUGAAGAGCUCAGGAAAUCCAUCGAAGAAAAAUCAAACCAAGAGAGGAACGUUGAGUCUGAAAUAACUGCAUUAUUUAAUGAAUGGGAGCCCAAACUCAUAAAAUUGAUAGAUACAAUUAGCGGAAAGUUCAGCGAAUUUAUGGAGUCCAUAUCAUAUGUAGGCGAAGUAAUUCUCACUAGAAAAGAUAAGCUCGAUUUUGAUUCCUAUGGCAUUCAAAUUAUGGUGCAGUACAGGAAAGAUGCAAAAUUGCAAGCGCUUGAUAAAUAUAUUCAGUCUGGCGGAGAGCGUGCUGUGGCCAUUGCGAUCUAUUCCUUAUCAUUGCAACAUGUUACUCAUGUGCCAUUCAGAUGUGUGGACGAGAUUAAUCAAGGAAUGGAUGCUAAAAAUGAAAGGCAUAUAUUCGAUUUACUACUGAAGGAAGCAACCAAGCAUGGUUCUGCACAAUACCUUUUCGUAACACCAAAACUACUUCGUGACUUGAACUACAAUGAGCAUUUAUGUGUUUUGGUGGUCCAUAACUCUGCAUCUAUUAAAAAAGGCGCUCAUUUUUCACUUUGUUCUAAAUAAUAUAAUAA